GGCUUCCUUUCUUACUUUACACUCAUGUUCAAUGUCAAUGGCUAAUCCGCUCGCUGGCCCUUCUCCGUUGAGAGAUCUUGUACAUCCUCACUUUCACCAGAAUAAUUUUCCGGAAGAGUUUUUCGUGAAGAAUAAGCUUGGCAUUAAACUCGACAAAGAUGAUCAAAUAUGUCGGCUGUCACUUACGCCCACUGGAUGUCCUUUAGGACCACUGCACUGUCCCCUAAGACACACAUCGCCGUCUGCCCAAAAUUUUCAGCCACCGAAACAACUGCCCACUCAUCCACGCGACCGAGAACGUUUGGCUACCGUUUGCAAGCAUUGGCUACGAGGGUUGUGUAAAAAAGGCGACGCAUGUGAAUUUUUGCACGAGUAUAACCUAAGGCGCAUGCCAGAGUGUUGGUGGUUUGCGAAGUAUGGUUAUUGUUCUGCUGGUGAUGAAUGCCUUUAUGCCCAUCCAAAGGAGCGUCGAGUAGAGUGUCCUGAUUAUAAGCGUGGGUUCUGUAAACUUGGUCCUACUUGUCCGCGGAAGCACGUACGGCGAGUUGCUUGCCAGCUCUAUCUCACCGGAAUAUGCCCUUUAGGUCCAGAUUGUCCGCGUGGACACCCCAAACCUGAUUUACCAUCUGCGAGAGCUUACGAGCCCCCAUCACCACCAUCGACACGUGAACUUGGACCACCACCUCCUGGAUAUGGUCGGUACGCCGACUUUGAUCGCGGGUUUCCUGGUGGUGGUGGUGGGGGUGGGGGUGGUGGCCCUGGUCAAGCCCAUGGAGCUCCUGCAGGAAACGCGAACGGGCCUCCAAGGAGAAACCUAGACGAUGUGCUUUGCUUUAAGUGCGGGGAAAAGGGCCAUUAUGCAAAUCACUGCAGGAAUCGGAAUGUCCCUGGUAACCGUGGUGGUAUGGACAGAUCGUCGAGGAGAUUUCCUGGCGGGGAGGAGUAAUUGUGAUGGAUCUGAUGUGUGGUAUUGUCUCAACAUUGUUGUAUCACGUUGGACCUAUUAUACAAGCAUAAGAGAAUAUGUAAUCUGGUGCAACCUGUAGAAUAGUGUACAUGAAUUUCAUCGAGAUGUGUUUACGUAAUA